UCACCGUGGGUUCUGUGGAAGCUAAACUCUCCGUCCGUUUCCUGCUGCAGUGAAGUCAGUGGCGUCGAGAAAGACUGGGAAGACCAAACAACAUCCUAACCUCUACUAACUCCACUAUACAAUGAAACUGUCACCAAUAUUACCCUUUAUCGAUACCCGCUACGUCACGAUACUGCUGGUGAUGGGUCUUUCCUCUCCAGGGAAGGCUGAGAUCACCAGUCUAGAUUCUGGAAACAUCGAUGACAUCCUCAAUAAUGCAGGAGUAUCGUUGGUGAAUUUCUAUGCAGACUGGUGUAGGUUCAGCCAGAUGCUCCACCCCAUCUUUGAGGAGGCGUCCAACGUGGCAAGAGAGGAGUACCCAGACGCCUCCCAGGUUGUGUUUGCACGAGUUGACUGUGACCAGCACUCGGACAUAGCCCAGAGGUACCGCAUCAGUAAGUACCCAACGCUGAAACUGUUCAGGAAUGGCAUGAUGAUGAAGAGGGAGUACCGGGGUCAGAGGUCAGUCACAGCCAUAGCAGACUUCAUCCGCCAGCAGAAAGUCGACCCAGUUAAAGAACUCCAGUCCCUGGAGGAGGUCAAUACUGUGGAUAGGAGUAAGCGGAACGUCAUUGGUUACUUUGAGCAGAAGGACUCGGACAACUACCGUACCUUCCAGAAGGUGGCCAACAUCCUACGAGACGACUGCUCCUUCUCCGCUGCAUUCGGUGAGGUGUCUGACACAGAGAGAUUCAGUGGAGACAACGUCAUCUACAAGCCUGUAGGAGAGACCAUUCCUGACAUGGUGUACCUAGGCUCGCUUACCAACUUUGACCUGACCUACGCCUGGGCGCAGGACAAGUGUGUUCCCCUGGUCCGUGAGAUAACCUUCGAAAACGGAGAGGAGCUGACAGAGGAAGGGAUUCCGUUCCUCAUUCUGUUCCAUCUGAAGGAGGACACCACCAGCCUGGAGAAGUUUCAGCACGAGGUGGCUCGUCAGCUCAUCAGCGAGAAAGGGUCUAUUAACUUCCUGCAUGCGGACUGUGACAAGUUCCGCCACCCUCUGCUACACAUUCAGAAGACGCCCGCUGACUGUCCUGUCAUCGCUAUCGACUCCUUCAGACAUAUGUACGUCUUCCCUGAAUACAAAGACCUGGCGAUCCCUGGGAAACUGAGGCAGUUUGUGCUGGACCUGCACUCUGGGAAGCUCCAUCGAGAGUUCCACCACGGGCCUGACCCUACGGACAGCACACCUGGAGAGGAGAUUCAGGUAGCGGCGAGUGACCCUCCAGAGAGCUCCUUCCAGAAGCUCGCCCCCAGUGAGUCUCGCUACACCAUUCUCAGGGACCGGGACGAACUGUGACCUUACGAUUUGAGCAUGACCCUCAAACCCCAAACCACGCCUCGGGGUCAGGGAGAGGUCAGGGUUAGGGUUGGGACAGGCCAGAGGGACCCAACAGCAACUCCCAACACCCCCUCAGCACCCGUAGAGAGGAGGAGGAGGAGGAGAGGAGGAGGAGGAUGAGGAGGAGCAGAGGAAGAGAAGAGAAGAGGAGGAGGACGGUCCAAGAAAAAAUUGUGUUGGAAUAAUCUAUAUUUUCAUAACUCUUAUGUGUACAACUUUUAUUUUGGAUAAAAAGGAGGAAACAGAUGAAGAGGAGGGUGCGGGUUAGAGGCAUUAGGACAACCCUAACCUUAGGACAACUAAAAAAGCCUUUUUACUUUUAUUUUUUGAGCUUGUAAAUAUGUUCGUGCUAAGUGGGCAUGUCUGUCAUCCUAAAUUAAUUAAAUGAAAGGUUUUCUUAA